CCGCUCGCGGGAGCCGGGCCGGGGCGCCGGGGCCGGGGGCGGCUGGCGCGGGCAGGAAGCUCCUCGCGGCCCGGGCCCGCCCCCCGCUUCUCGCCGCCUCCGGGCUCCGGCUCCCGGCCGCGCCGCGCCCCAUGCACUCGCCGCGCCGCGCAGCCCGCGCACGCCCGGAUGGCUCGUCGCGCCGCGGGCGGCGCAGCCCCUAGCUCCCGGGCGGCCGCGGCCGGGUCCCCGCCGCCUCCGCCGUCACCGCGCCGUCCGCUCCUGGGGCCCCCGCUGUGCCCUCUGCAGCUGCUGCUCCUGCUGUUCCUGGGGGCGGCGCGGGCCGGCGCCCUGGAGAUUCAGCGCCGCUUCCCCUCGCCCACGCCCACCAACAACUUCGCCCUGGACGGCGCGGCGGGCACCGUGUACCUGGCCGCCGUGAACCGCCUCUACCAGCUGUCGGGCGCCAACCUGAGCCUGGAGGCCGAGGCGGCCGUGGGCCCCGUGGCCGACAGCCCUCUGUGCCACGCCCCGCAGCUGCCGCAGGCCUCGUGCGAGCACCCGCGGCGCCUCACCGACAACUACAACAAGAUCCUGCAGCUGGACCCGGGCCAGGGCCUGGUGGUCGUGUGCGGCUCCAUCUACCAGGGCUUCUGCCAGCUGCGACGCCGGGGCAACAUCUCGGCCGUGGCCGUGGCCUUCCCGCCUGCUGCCCCACCCGCCGCGCCUGUGGCCGUGUUCCCCAGCAUGCUCAACGUGGCCGCCAACCACGCGAACGCGUCCACCGUGGCGCUGGUGCUGCCGCCGGCCGCCGGCACCGGGGGCAGCCGUCUGCUCGUGGGCGCCACGUACACGGGCUACGGCAGCGCCUUCUUCCCGCGCAACCGCAGCCUGGAGGACCACCGCUUCGAGAACACGCCCGAGAUCUCCAUCCGCUCGCUGGAUGCCCGCGGCGACCUGGCCAAACUCUUCACUUUCGACCUCAACCCCUCCGACGACAACAUCCUCAAGAUCAAGCAGGGCGCCAAGGAGCAGCACAAGCUGGGCUUCGUGCGCGCCUUCCUGCACCCGCCGGAGCCGCGGCCGGGCGUGCCGUCGUACGCGUACCUGGCGCUCAACAGCGAGGCGCGUGCGGGCGACAAGGAGAGCCAGGCGCGGAGCCUGCUGGCGCGCAUCUGCCUGCCCCGGGGCGCCGGCGGCGACGCCAAGAAGCUCACCGAGUCCUACAUCCAGCUGGGCUUGCAGUGCGCGGGCGGCGCGGGCCGCGGCGACCUCUACAGCCGCCUGGUGUCGGUCUUCCCCACGCGCGAGUUGCUCUUUGCCGUCUUCGAGCGGCCCCAGGGAACCCCCGCGGCCCGUGCUGCCCCGGCCGCGCUCUGCGCCUUCCGCUUCGCCGACGUGCGGGCCGCCAUCCGCGCCGCGCGCACCGCCUGCUUCGUGGAGCCUGCGCCCGACGUGGUGGCCGUACUGGACAGCGUAGUGCAGGGCACGGGGCCGGCCUGCGAACGCAAGCGCAAUAUCCAGCUGCAGCCGGAGCAGCUGGACUGUGGGGCGGCGCACCUGCAGCACCCGCUGUCCAUCCUGCAGCCGCUGCGGUCCACACCUGUGUUCCGCGCCCCGGGUCUCACCUCCGUGGCUGUGGCCAGCGCCAACAACUACACAGUUGUGUUCUUGGGCACCGUCAAUGGGAGACUGCUCAAGAUCAACCUGAACGAGAGCAUGCAGGUGGUGAGCCGGCGCGUGGUGACUGUGGCCUAUGGGGAGCCAGUGCACCAUGUUAUGCAGUUUGACCCAGCUGACCCUGGCUACCUUUACCUGAUGACGUCCCACCAGAUGGCCCGAGUGAAGGUGGCAGCGUGUGAGGUGUACUCCACCUGUGCGGACUGCGUGGGCGCUGCUGAUGCCUACUGUGGCUGGUGCACCUUGGAGACACGAUGCACCCUGCAGCAGGACUGUGCCAAUGCCAGCCAGCCGCACUUCUGGACAAGUGCCAGUGAGGGCCCCGGCCGCUGCCCGGCCAUGACUGUGCUGCCUGCGGAGAUCGACGUGCGCCAGGAGUACCCGGGCAUGAUCCUGCAGAUCUCUGGCAGUCUGCCCAGCCUCCGUGGCGUGGAGAUGGCCUGCGACUAUGGGAAUCACGUGCGCACAGAGGCCCGGGUUCCCGGCCCCGCCUACGGCCACCAAAUCGCCUACUGCAACCUCCUACCCAGGCACCAGUUCCCGCCCUUCCCGCCCCACCAGGACCACGUGACCGUUGAGAUGUCUGUGAGAGUCAAUGGGCACAAUAUUGUCUCUGCCAACUUCACCAUCUACGACUGCAGCCGCGUGGGACAAGUGUACCCCCACACUGCGUGCACCAGCUGCCUCUCGGCACAGUGGCCCUGCUUCUGGUGCCUGCAGCAGCACGCCUGUGUCUCCAACCAGUCUCGGUGUGAUGCCUCACCAAACCCCACGAACCCUCAGGACUGCCCCCAGAUCCUGCCCUCACUCCUGACACCUGUACCCACAGGCGGUUCCCAGGACAUCCUGGUGCCCCUGGCCAAUGCUGCUUUCUUCCACAGUGCAGCCCUGGAGUGCAGCUUUGGGUCUGAGGAGGUCUUCGAAGCUGUGUGGGUAAAUGAGUCGGUGGUACGCUGCAACCAGGUGGUGCUGCACACAACCCAGAAGAGCCGUGGGUUUCCACUCAGCCUCCAACUCAAAGGGUGGCCGGCCCGUUUCCUGGAUAGCCCUGACCCUAUAACAGUCGAGGUCUACAACUGCGCCAUGGGCAGCCCUGACUGUUCCCAGUGCCUGGGUCGCGAGGACCUGGGUCACCUGUGCGUCUGGAAUGAUGGCUGCCGCCUGCAGGGGCCCCUGCAGCCCCUACCUGGCACUUGCCCUGCUCCCGAGAUACGCGCAAUUGAGCCCCUGAGUGGCCCCCUGGACGGCGGGACCCUGUUGACCAUCCGUGGCAGGAACCUAGGUCGCCGGCUCAGCGACGUGGCCCAGGGCGUGUGGAUUGGCAACGUGGCCUGUGAGCCACUGGCUGACAGAUACAUGGUGUCAGAGGAGAUUGUGUGCGCCACAGGGCCAGCCCCAGGGGUCUUCUCAGAUGUGGUGACUGUGAACGCCUCCAAGGAGGGCAAGUCACGGGAGCGCUUCUCAUACGUGCUGCCGCAGGUCCAGUUCCUGGAACCGGAAGUGGGCCCCAAGGCAGGGGGUACCAGAAUCACCAUCCACGGGAGCGAACUCCAUGUGGGCUCUGAGCUCCAGGUCCUGGUGAACAGCUCGGAUCCUUGCACAGAGCUCACGCGCACAGACACCAGCAUUACCUGCACCAUGCCUGCUGGUGCCCUGGCAGUCCCCGUGCCAGUGUGUGUUCGCUUUGAGCGCCGGGGCUGCGUGCACGGCAACCUGACCUUCUGGUACAUGCAGAACCCGGUCAUCACAGCCAUCAGUCCCCGCCGCAGCCCGGUGAGCGGCGGCAGGACCAUCACGGUGGCUGGCGAACGCUUCCACAUGGUGCAGAACGUGUCCAUGGCUGUGCACCAUAUUGGCCGGGAGCCCACGCUCUGCAAGGUUCUCAACUCCACCCUCAUCACUUGUCCAUCACCUGGAGCCCUGAGCAACGCGUCGGCGCCAGUGGACUUCUUCAUCAAUGGCCGGGCCUACACAGACGAGGCGGCAGUGGCUGAGGAGCUGCUGGACCCUGGGGAGGCGUGGCGUGGCCGUAGGUUCCGCCUGGACUACCUGCCUAACCCCCAAUUCUCCACGGCCAAGAGGGAGAAGUGGAUCAAGCAUCACCCUGGGGAGCCACUCACCCUUGUCAUCCAUAAGGAGCAGGACAGUCUGGGGCUCGAGAGCCACGAGUACCGGGUCAAGAUAGGCCAGGUGGCCUGCGACAUCCAGGUCAUCUCGGACAGAGUCAUCCACUGCUCCGUCAAUGAGUCCCUGGGCACAGCUGAGGGGCAGCUGCCCAUCACGAUCCAGGUAGGGAACUUCAACCAGACACUUGCCACGCUGCAGCUGGGAGGCAGUGAGACGGCCAUCAUUGUGUCCAUCGUCAUCUGCAGUGUCCUGCUCCUGCUCUCCGUGGUGGCCCUGUUUGUCUUCUGCACCAAGAGCCGCCGAGCUGAGCGCUACUGGCAGAAGACGCUGCUGCAGAUGGAGGAGAUGGAGUCCCAGAUCCGCGAGGAGAUUCGCAAAGGCUUCGCAGAACUGCAGACAGACAUGACGGACCUGACCAAGGAGCUGAACCGCAGCCAGGGCAUCCCCUUCUUGGAGUACAAGCACUUCGUGACCCGCACCUUCUUCCCCAAGGGUAGCUCCCCGGUGCAAGAGACCCACCCACUGCUGGGCGAAUGGAAGGUCCCAGAGAGCUGCAGGCCCAACAUGGAGGAGGGCAUCAGCCUGUUCUCCUCGCUGCUCAGCAAUAAACACUUCCUCGUUGUCUUCGUGCACGCCCUGGAGCAGCAGAAGGACUUUGCGGUGCGCGACAGGUGCAGUCUGGCCUCGUUGCUGACCAUUGCACUGCAUGGCAAGCUCGAGUACUACACGAGCAUCAUGAAGGAGCUGCUGGUGGACCUCAUCGACGCCUCGGCCGCCAAGAACCCCAAGCUCAUGCUGCGGCGCACCGAGUCAGUGGUGGAGAAGAUGCUCACCAACUGGAUGUCCAUCUGCAUGUACAGCUGCCUGCGGGAAACAGUUGGGGAGCCGUUCUUCCUGCUUCUGUGUGCCAUCAAGCAGCAGGUGAACAAGGGCUCCAUCGACGCCAUCACGGGCAAGGCCCGCUACACACUCAAUGAAGAGUGGCUGCUGCGCGAGAACAUCGAGGCCAAGCCCCGAAACCUGAACGUGUCCUUCCAGGGCUGUGGCAUGGACUCGCUGAGCGUGCGGGCCAUGGACACUGACACACUGACGCAGGUGAAGGAGAAGAUUCUAGAAGCCUUCUGCAAGAACGUGCCCUAUUCACAAUGGCCACGCGCGGAGGACGUCGACCUGGAGUGGUUUGCCUCAAGCACACAGAGCUACAUCCUGCGGGACCUGGACGACACUUCGGUGGUGGAGGACGGCCGCAAGAAGCUCAAUACCCUGGCCCACUACAAGAUCCCAGAGGGUGCCUCCCUGGCCAUGAGCCUAACGGACAAGAAGGACAGCAACUCGCUGGGCCGAGUGAAAGACUUGGAUACAGAGAAGUAUUUCCAUUUGGUGCUGCCCACGGAUGAGCUGGCGGAGCCCAAGAAGUCCCACCGUCAGAGCCACCGCAAGAAGGUGCUCCCUGAGAUCUACCUGACCCGCUUGCUGUCCACAAAGGGCACUCUGCAGAAGUUUCUGGAUGAUCUCUUCAAAGCCAUUCUGAGCAUCCGGGAGGACAAGCCCCCACUGGCUGUCAAGUACUUUUUUGACUUCCUGGAGGAGCAGGCCGAGAAGCGGGGAAUCUCAGACCCUGACACCCUGCACAUCUGGAAGACUAACAGCCUUCCCCUCCGCUUCUGGGUGAACAUCCUGAAAAACCCCCAGUUCGUCUUUGACAUUGACAAGACGGACCACAUCGAUGCCUGCCUGUCGGUCAUCGCCCAAGCCUUCAUCGACGCCUGCUCUAUCUCUGACCUACAGCUGGGCAAGGACUCGCCAACCAACAAGCUCCUGUAUGCCAAAGAGAUCCCAGAGUACCGCAAGAUCGUGCAGCGCUACUACAAGCAGAUCCAGGACAUGACGCCGCUCAGCGAGCAAGAGAUGAACGCUCACCUGGCCGAGGAGUCGCGGAAAUACCAGAAUGAGUUCAACACCAACGUGGCCAUGGCGGAGAUUUACAAAUAUGCCAAGCGAUAUCGUCCUCAGAUCAUGGCGGCCCUGGAGGCCAACCCCACGGCCCGGCGGACACAGCUACAGCACAAGUUUGAGCAGGUGGUGGCCCUGAUGGAGGAUAAUAUCUAUGAGUGCUACAGCGAGGCCUGAGCCACACCCGGAAAGGAGCCUGUCGAGCCGCUGCUGCUGUUGCUGCUGCCACCCUGAACCCCAGCCCCACUGUAUUUGAUUCCCUGUGCCUCUGGCUCAAGCUGGAACGUGACCAGCAGCAAGGGCUUAGGGCAGGCAGGAACAAGAGGGGGCCCCUCCUGAGCCAGGCAGAGGCCUCCAUCCCCUCCAACUGCCCCCGGAUGAGCCUCGGGGCUGGAACUUUGAAUACCACAGCCUGUUCCUGGUGCGGCUCCCCCUGUCCACCAGCGCAGGGGCGGCCGGUGGGUGUACAAUGGGGAGAACAGAUUGCUGGGCCCAGAAACACUACCUCAUCCACACUGUCGCAAGGGGAGGCCUCCUUGAACCAGCCCACCAUCAGUUUCUGCUUCAGCCACCUGAAACACCCGGCUCCACCUCCUGCCCCCAGAGGGGUCCCUGGCAGCGGGCAGACGGGUGGAUGGUGUUGGUGGAGUAGGCAGUGCUUACUGCCCCAGAGGAGGCUCGGAGGAGG